AGUACAUUGCAUACAUUCGGGCAGCUAGCACGCGUUUUUGUCUCGUUGCCUCCCUUGAUAUCAAUUUUAUCACUGAACUAUUGUGUGUACUUUCUGUGUGUCUCUUCUUACAUAGCUUGUACCGUACCUAUAUAGAUAUAGAGCUAUCCUUGCUUUAUAUGCGGCAUUAGGAUACUGUAAAAAUAGCAUUGUGCGCCCUGUGGAAAGCGGAGCAUUAUACAAACCGUGCUCUUGGUGGUUAGUUAUUAUCAGUUUUGCGGUCUCGGGCAUCUCGGUGUCCUUUCCUUCGAGUCGUAGCCUACUUCCUGGUCGCAUUGCAUCCCAAUCAGCAGCGCCUCCUGUGAGAGAUCCGUCGCUUUUUAUCAUCGCGAUCGUUUGUUUUGAAAGGUUGUCGCAGCAAGCAGCAGGCGAGUGGGAAGGAGAGAGGAAGUGCCGCAGAGAGUGAGAGUGCACGGCCGUGGAUGUUGGGUGCAUGCAGUAAGUCGCCAAUCCAUUAUUAAUCGGCUGACGUAAAUGUAAAAAUAGUUAUAAAAUCAGAAAUAACCGCACGAAACAGACGUGAAACUAGAAAGGGAAAACAGUUUUCCGGGCAGAGGAAAAGUGCAUUCGGCGGCGGAAGAAGAAAACAGAACAACGACUCUCGGCUCGGGCUCGGCUUGGCUCGCAGUAGGCUUAGUGCGUUUCUCUGCAGCAGCGAAGUGCGGUCCAUAGCUAAUACCAAAAGGCGCGCGCGUGUUUGUGUGCGACGCAAGGCGAAGCGAAGGUGUAUGUGAAGAGAGAAGAAAUUAAGGCGAAUCGUCGCAACAACAACAACCAGAAGUGGGCGAAGAGGUGUGCAAAGGGUGCAGCAGCAAAAAUUGUGCAGCCGAAAAUUAGUGCAAAUCAAUCGAAAGCAAAAGUGUACUUAACUACGGCGGGAUCGAGAAGAGCGACUCGCGUGUGUGUGAGGGAAAGAGAAGGUGAUAAGAGCUGAUUUGUGCUUACCUUUACGAUAAUAAAUAUCUAUAUAAACGUGCACACGUACAAGUGGUACGGCUUAGAGGUGGUAGAGUUCCCCGGUUCGAUAUUGGAUAAAUUGGCUUUUGGAUUAAACAGCGAGUCGAUAAUAAUUAGCGUUGCUGUUUGCCUUUUACAACAGCGAUCAUUGUUUACAGACUGGUGGAGCAUUUUGUGCAAAAAUUGCAAACCCCAAUAAUCGACGGAGGCAAAUGUACCUAAAUGAACGCACUUUUGUUUUGCUUGAGUAGACAAUCGCCUUUGGAUAACAUCUAUGUCCAAUAGAUUGGCGGUUAAACGACAGUGACACAAAUAUAUUCCAGUAAACCACUCCAAACUGCAGAAGAAGCAAAACGGGCCCGGAGUGCGUGAUUCUUUCCGCCAUCCAGGAUUUUUCCCUCUAUCUCUCUAAUCGAGUGUAGUGCUGCCGUCAACCAACCAGAAGAAGAUGUUAUAAUAGUGCCGCGACCUUUACAGUGUGAUUUUUCCCAACAAUUCUCGACCGUGAGUCAGUUUGGAAUCUCUCCGUUGUGUUGUUUGAUAUUAUUGAUGUUUUGUUGCGUUUUACCUUAACUUGAGGUAUCGCUGCCGAUUUUUAUCGUUUGGUUAAGGAGAGGUGUGAUUUGUGUUUGCGUGCGUCACGACCUGAAGUGUUGUUGAACCACCCUUCAGUUCUACACUAUAAGAAUCAAAAGGGAAGAAGAAUCGGAAUAGAGCACAAACCUCUUCCAACCCAGAAGUGGAAUCUCCUGUUGGGAAAUGUGAAAGUGAGCGCGUGGAUCAAUGAUUUUGCAUGCCCGCCGGUCGGUGAAGGAAUCGAUCCAACAAUACGAGAAACGACAGUGCCCCAAUGCCAAUGUCGACUGAAGCCUCCCCACGCUGCUGGAAAGUCCUUCUUCCGUUCGUUUAUUUUGGGUUAGUGCUGUAAGACCGCCCGCGUGUGCGGUGAAGAAAGUUUGAUUACAUUUAGUUUCCUUCCGGUUCCGGAUUGAGUGACCCCCGUCUCACCCUUUGCUGCAAAGGGUUGAGUUUGCCUUCUGUCCCCUCUCUCUAUCUCGUAUUUUAACGCAAGAUGAUGAAUCCGACGCGAUCGUCCACCAUGUGUGGCAACGGCAAUGUGCCGUCCAAGUUCUACAAGUUGUGUCGCCUGUGCUUGGCCAAUGUCGGGGACUGUGAGCUGGGCGAAUCCUCGAUAGUGUUCCAGCAGUCACAGCAGCAACAGCAGAGAAAACGCCACCAAAAUGGAACCACUGCCAGUGAACAGCAGCAGCAGCAGAUGAUGGCCAUGGACCAGGACUCCGUCGCCGGUGAUGGCGGUGGCGGAGGAGGAGGUCGUGGUCCAAUGGUGGGCCCCGGUAUUAGCAGUUCGAGCCUGUCUAGCUCGUCCAGCUCUAGUUCCAGCUCCAGUUCGAGCAGCAGCAGCAGCAGUAGCAGUAGUAGCAGUGAUGACGAUGAUUACGACAACGAUGACGACGAUGAUAACUUCUUCGACGGGGCCGACGACGGGUCCAAUGUGGACCUGGCCAAGCGGAUACGGACGUGUCUGGCUAUUAAGAUCACCCCGAAAGAUGGCCUCCCAACGGUGGUGUGUAGUUCCUGCCGGGAUCAGCUGGAGACUUGCCACCGGUUCCGACGGGUGGCGCACAAAACGCAAAAGUCACUCCAGAGCUUCCUCAGCUACGCCGCCAAACUGAGCGGAAGUGCACAGGAAAUCCUCUCGCAGUCGUCCGAGAAGCUGGAACACCUGAUCGCCUCCUCACCUGCCUCGCUAGCUGCGAAAGCGUCCGCCGAGCAGGAUGCGAUAGCCGCCCUCCAAGCGUUACGCAACAACAACAAUCAUACAGCAAAGUCAGUUACCUCAGUACUUAGUAAAACGCAUCUACAAAACCUGGAAGCGAAUUCCGUAUCUGUGAUCCCGAUUGAGAGUAUGAAAAUAACGUCGUCCUCCAAUCAGCAACAGCAGCAGCAUCCGUCGAUAAUCACUCAAACGAUACACCUGCAUCAUCCCCAACAGCAGCAACAGCAGGUGCCUCAACAACAAAUUCAGCAACUACCAAAACAGCAACAGCAACAACAGCAACAGCAGCAGCAGCUGAUACAGGUCAAGAAUCUGACCCAGCUGCAGCAGGAACAUCUCGAAACCGCAGCGGUAUUAAUGGACAUUAGUAAAAAAGUGAUAAUCUCGCCACCAAGUUCGAACCCACAGUCGCCCAGCUUGAUUGCCGAGCAGCAACAGCAGAAACAACAGCAAUCGCAUCAACAGUAUCAGCACAGCAUCAACAACAACAAUCAACCGCAACUACAAAGUAUUAAGUCUUCUGUGAUAAAGCCUCACGAGUAUCUCCUGAACAGCCUCAAGCGAUCACCGAGCAGCGAAGAAAUGGAUCUUACCAUGAAGCGCGUCAAGGUCGAGCCGAACAUCCUGUCGCCGACCCUGCCGGCCACCACCCUGGUCAAGAAAAACGUCAUCAAGCGGGAACACAUGAUGGACGACAUGGCCGUGGACGAUCAGGCGAGUCAGCACAGCGAUUCGGCCGACAGCAGCGACUCGGGACGGCUCCAAAUGGACAUCUCCUCGCAGGACGCCGGCUCCGAAUGCACCACGGACGACCUCAAGCGGUCCAACAACAAUAAUAAUAACAACAAUCACCACCACCAUCAUCACCAUCACCACAACCAGCACCAGCAGCAUCAGAUGGACCACCACAUUGGGCGGGAAACGCCGGACAGCUUGAACUCCCUGGAAGAACAACAGCAUCUCCAGCAGGCACAGAUUCACCUGAGUCAACAAUUUGGAGCGCUGGCCGAUGGCGCGGACCCCGCUACGACCCAGCUGUGGCAGGCGCUGGCCCAGAAUACGAAUCUCAUUGUCAACGGUGCCGGUAACGAAGCCACGCAGCUUCUCCGAAAGAUGAUCAAUGCUCGCACAUUAGGCCUUCAAUUUUCACCGUCCAUCCAGAUUACACCGGGAGUGUCGCUCAUUAAGCAAACUGAAUCGAACCGCAACAGUGGCCAGAGUGGCCGCCGGAAGCAGUCCUGUCCCAGCCGAACGCCAGUAGAGGGCAACUCGCCCAACACCACGAUGGAAGCGCUGAAGCUGACCACUUCGAACAAGGCCAGUGGCGUAGGAGUACCGACGAUAGUUACCAACAACAAUAGAAGCAGUAGCAGCCCGGUCCAUCUUGACGCGGCCAGUCAAUUGAACCGUGCCAACAUCCUGUUCCGGACGAAGACGGACGGUUCUCCGCCGGGGGUUUUGCUGCCCGGUGUAAUCGACCAGCAGAACAGUGGCGCCGUUAGUCCUCAGUUGCAAGCCGUUAAGUUGGCCGCCCAACAAUUGGCCCAGCAAUCGCAAGCCCAACAACAGCAGCAGCAGCAGAGUCAAGCUUCACCACCGCAGCAACAGCAACAGCAAGGCCAGAACCAGAACUCGUCUCAGAAGGAUAUGACAUGCACCAACUGUGGAACGACGACGACCACCAUCUGGCGAAGAAAUAUCCGCGGAGAGAUGGUCUGCAAUGCGUGUGGGUUGUACUUCAAACUGCACGGCGUCAACCGACCACACACGAUGCGACGGGACACAAUCCACACGCGGCGACGACGUCCCAAGGGCGAUAAGGCCACCCGAAGGAAAAAUAUCAAGCAAGAGGGAGCCGAGGUGAUCGAUAACGGCGUUAUGGAGGGCGCUGCGGACUUGCAUGCCCUGCAGAACCACAACCUGCUGAUUGCCCUGAGGGAUGCCGCCCGUGCGACGCCACCCAACUUCCCGAUGUCUCCUGCCUUCCAGCACUACCUGCGCGUGACGCAGAACUUCGACCCGAACGGUGCUACAAGUGGUGGCGUCAUUGUCGGCGGUGGCGAAAUCGACGCCGGUGACGACAGUGGCCCGGAGAACGACAUCGAUUCGUGCAACCUGCCGCUGAAUUUGGUUGCCACCCAGCUCGGCGGCAGCGACAACUCGCAACACUGACUGCGUCGGAAGCCCGUCAAAACCAGCUAGGGCCGGCGCCGGAAGAAGACGACGACGACGCUUCCGCCAAAGCGCAAAAAGCGUCGCCGCCGUAAGAAACGGAAGCCGUAAGUUGUGAUCGCCGUCGUCGUCGUCGGUCGGUGAUCUGGUCAGAUGGGUUCUGGCGCCAAACGGUUACGAAACUUUUUGAUAACUAUUACUACUACUGCUACUACUAUUAAUAACUAUUACUACUUCGAACACUACUAUCAAUACUACAACUAAUACAGAAAGGGGAGAACUGCUAGCGAAAGGCAGCAACAAGCUUAACGCUACACCACCAUACUUAAGAAGACUUGAACAGUUUGUAGCAAUCCCAACAAUUUUCGCCGACUAGGAAGAAGCAAGGCAGGUUUAGACAGAGCCAAGGCAAGUAGCACCUCUACGACACGAAGAAUUUAAACUUAACGGGAGAAAAUAUGCACGCGCAACUUGAUAAAAAAUUCUAAAUUUAGGACGGUAGUUUAGAGAUGAAAAAGGGAAUACUCAGAAAAAAGCAAAACGUUUCAAUCGAAUCGGAAAAGAAAAUACUCUUAAUGCAGACAAGAUCUAAGAUUCCAAGAUAUUUUAUUAGCGAACAAAAGUUAUCAGUAGAACUGCACUCACUCACAGAAAGUGAACAAACAAGCAAUAAUUAGGCGAACGACUGGAAGAGAAUUCGAUCGAAUUAAACGCGCAUAAUACGACUUUUUCCGCGAAAAUCGAACGCUUCUCGAGGGAAAUAAGCCCAGGAUUUUAGUUCAGUCGCCAUAGGGUUUCAAAUAAGUAUUUGUUUUAAGGCAACGCCCGAAACCAGAGAUCUGAUUUUAACAGUUUUUAAUGCAACUAACCGACAAGCGAAUGAGGAAUAAUGUGAUAGUUGAAAGUUAAAGUAAGAACUUUCGAAAAGGAAUGAAAGGAACAGUUGAAAUUUUUCGGGAGGACAGUGUCCCACCUGAGGAAAUGGUUAUAAGAGAAAGACAAAUCAAAAUUUACUAGUAGAGGUGCGCACGAACGGAGGAAAUGUAACAGAAAAACUGUUAAAUACUCAUAUUGGGAAGUAUAAGUAAGCUCUUUUUACAUCUAGUUUCUUCCAUUAUGCCUCUCUGCCAAUUAAAAAUCCCCUUUUCUCCAAAAAAACGUAACACGAUACUUAAUUUACUCUUAUUACACUUCAAUCCCAUGUGCGCUAGUAGUGAUACUAAUUUGAUAAGCCUCGUUCCUUUGUAAGUUUAUUUCUCAACCCUAAUAUUAGAAGCAAAAUGCCAAUUCAGCGCUCUCUUACCAGCCGAAUCAAACUCCAUCCAAACUGUAGUGCAGGAUUUGAAUCAGUCCAAAUCCCACAAUCUUAAGAAAAAUCGCAAACAACAACUGUACAGUAUUAGUAUUGCCUUCGGUCCGUCCCGUCUGUACUUCUCCCCCGAACUUAUGAAAACAAGAUUUCAAUCCCCUUUUCAACUGACAAAACUAAUGAAUCUCAUCCAACGAAGCAAAUAGUUGCACCAUCAGUAUAACAGUCCCGGUCGGAAACAACCAUUUGAUGAUCAAAGUGUCUAGUCAUUUCAGAACAAACAAACCUAGAAGAGCAUUGCUACCAUUUUUAGCGAAACUCCAUUCUAUCAACUGUUGGAAGAAUCUUCGAGCAACUACAUGACACUUUCACCCUAGUUUUCUUUCUAUCUCGUUACCGUUCAUUUGGGCUCCGGAGGAAAUGUCUGCAUGGGUAAAAACGAUCACUUUUGUGCAAUACAAAAUGUUUUGAGCGGAACAAAAAAAUUUAUGCAUAACAAAAAUUAUUUCAAACAUAAAUACUUUGUAGAACUUUGCCGACUUAACAUUUUUGGUUUUAUCGUGGUUUUAAAAUCGCGUUUAGUUCAAAAUGUGAUCUGCAAAGCCGGCAUAAAGCCAAAAUUGUUACUUGGCUGUUACGUUUGCGUAGCGUUGCGUGAUAACGCCACUCUUAUUCCAGUUACUUAUGAAAAUUUAUUUUGGAUGAAACAGCAGUUCAAUCGGAAGUCAAAGAUGGAAUGGCAUGACAAUUACCAUUGCCGGCCACACCCAUCUUUUCCGUAACGAGGCAAGGGAAAAAUAAUGAUGAUAUGACACCUACUUAAAGAGAGGCCAGCGACUUACCGACGCCCUCAUAGAUGUCAAGGAGUUGGAUAACAGUGAAGGAAAUGAACCUAGGAUUCACUAUAACCGAGUGAUACGACCGGAUUUGAAUAUUUGGGAGUGACGUUGCUAAAACAAACAUAAUGUCACUCCAUGCGCGUGUCUUUCAGGGAUGGGAUGUCCUUAUGUCAAAGCUAAAGAGCUUUGGUUUAAACGCCAAUGCUAGCUCUAUAAAGCGAGAAAAAAAAAUUAAACUUACCCACUGAAAUAAGUUCUUUUAUUGGAACAAACUCACCAAAUCCGAUCUAAGCAAAUGAUUCCGUUUGUCACGAUGUUUUCCAAGAGGUUUUCUCACGAACUGUAACAAGUGUUUACGAACUGUAACAGCGUAAUCAUUAAACCGUUGAACAAAGAAACGGUUUUUACAAUGAUUUUUAAUCACUUUGGACGGAAAUAGUAAAACUGGAUAGUUAAAAUAAUCACUUCACCCCAGGACGCAAGACUGCAUCGCUGCCUAGCGUCCUGAAGUGAAAAAAUGCUAACAAACCCGUUUCUUGUCACCUUUAUUUACAGAAGAGAGGAUCGAUGAAGAGAAAUCGAGCAUGCGACUUACACCCUUAUUCUAGCACACGCUUGAAAUAGCAAAUCCGUUUCGAUAUUUUUGCUGAAUCUAUCAGCAAAAAAUCACUUCAGAAAUUCAGCAACUACCCAAAACCAUAUAACACGAUUUUAGAAAUCUAAACAACAGUUGAUUUUAUACCUACUUCAGUUUUUCAAGCUUGUCUCGUUCAUCUUCAUAAAAUAAUUGCUUCAUAAGAUAAUUUUUUAAGAGUUCUUUGAUUUCUCCAGAGCUCGUUUUUUGCUAAAUGUUUUAUCAGACAUCAUUUAACUCUAAAGGUUUCAUCUAAAAUUCAAGAUAGAUCCAAGUUCUUUUCUGCUAAGAAUCUCUCAAGCAGUCUCAAUACAGAAUCAUCCAGGAAUGCUUCGAAAGAUUGAUUUUUUAUAGUAUUUCUCCACAAGUUCUUCCAGGAGUUUCUCGAAGCACGUUUUUUGAUAUUUGUGGUACUUAUAGACUUUACAGCUAAACAAUAAUAAUUAAUUUUCAAAAAGUCACGGUCUACUAAGAAAUUUGUCGAGCUAUAGGAUUUUUCUCAGCCGGCAAGGCGUCUUCCUUCAAUGAAUCGAGACAUUUUUGCCUCCUUCGAUGAGAAUUCUAUCUGCCGUUUGAGGAACUCCCUCUUCAGGAACUUAACAGGCGAGAUAUUAUCGCUUUCUGCGGUUGGAUUUUCAUCCUUCUCGUCGUUGACUCCCUUCUAUGAGGCGAGACAGUUUUGCCUUCUCCAGUCAGAUUUUCAUCUGCCGUUUGGGCAUCUCCCUCUUAUAAGGCGAGAUAUUCUUGCCUUUUUACGGCUGGACUUUCAUCCAUCUCGUAUUUUAAGCGACUCCCUCUUAUGAGGCGAGACAUUCUUGUCUUCUCCGGCCGGAUUUUUACCCACCGUUAAGGCGUCUCCCUCCUAGGAGACGAGACGUUUUCGUUUUUCCUCUUGUCUGAUCCGAUCAGAUGCUAUCUGUCGGGAAUGUAGACACUUUAUAUUUACCUCUAGUUGCAGGUGCCGACUAGAAUUUUCAACUUAUCCACAGAAGGUUCUUGCUCGUCACCAAUGUAGUACUUGACAGCUUGACAGCUGAACAAUAAUAAUUAAUUUUCAAAAAGUCACGGUCUACUAAGAAAUUUGUCGUGCUACCACAAUAUUCAUUCAGGUUCUUAUUACUAAUUACUGAUUAAGGUUCAAAGAAGUACUUCAAAUAUGCACACAGAGUCCUCGGCCCCUCUAUUUUCACAGAAUAAAAAAAACACAAGGAAGCUCUUUAAAGACUUCUCCAGUUUAAGAUCAAAUGCAGACAUUUUCACCGGUGCCCACAGAUUGAACGUAAGAGAUUGAGUUUCUCUGCUUAAAUCGUCUAAACACCAUACCCCAAACAAUGAGCCAAUAAAGAAGAAUCCCUUCUUUCCAUUCAAAUUAGGAUAGAUCCAGCAACAGCGAAACAUGAACCGUAUACCAGUUGUUUACCAGUUUAGUUGUUAGGACAGCCCAAAUGGAAAUUUUCUUCCCGCUUGUUAGCAUAAUGUUGUAAUUAAGUUCCUCAACGGUAUCUAUCCCCCCUCUCCCCCCUCUAAUCUACGUUUAAGCAUGCUCCUUUAUCCUAUCCCCCAUAACCUCCCCAGCCAACUGAAAUUAGUAUUUGUAUGAUAGAAGGAAGAAAGAGGUACUAGCUGAUGAUUUGAAAAAUCUACAAUCAAAUUGCUGCUGAAAAGCAUGGCCCCUUUCGCUUCCUUAUCAAUCCUAACCUAGGUUAAGCAACAACAACACAAGAGCUGAUGAACAAUUACCUAUUCGCGUAUAGAAAGUACUCCAAAUCUCUUGUUUGAUUAGAACAGAGGAAAAUCUAAGAAUCUAGUUUUUAAGUGCAGCGUACAACAAGUUGUGACAAAACAGCAGCUCCAUCGGUUUCAGUUCAGAAGCUGGUUAAGUUUUAAAUCUCACAUUUUAGCUAUUUUGGUGCGGUACUUUCAAAAAAGAAAAAAACAAAUCUGAAGCUAAAUCUACGUUGAAAACGUUGAAAAUAAUCAAAAGAAACGCCGAAACAACGGAAACUCUGAAGUUGCUAAGCAAAAUUGAUUUCCCCUCCUCGCGGAAAGACAAUGGGAACUCUUUGGAAGCAGUUGAUAAGUUUAGAACCCCAAAAAAAGAUACCAAGCGAUCUCUACUCAUCAAGAUUAUCGAUUUUUAAACGUGUAUUUGUUUUAGACAUUGGAACUCCGCAAGCACACAUACGCAAACACACGCAAAUCAGAGCGACAAAGAAAGCAAAAUAAGAUAAUUCGAAACAAUGCAGUAUUUUUGUGAGCUUAUAGCAAAGAAAGCGAAAAACAAAGCAAAGGAAACAAAACUCUACACAGAAUGUUAGUCAAUUCACCACAUUUUAUUACCAAUUACAUUUAGCAACACUUUUCAUUGUAUAGGGACAGAGUGGGAAAGGUAUAUGUUUUGUUCUCAUAACGUCCACGAGGAGCUGACACGAACACUUAUAUAUAAAUACAUACACACACACAUACACCUAGCCGGAGAUACGAUAUCCUAAGUAUAAGUUUUAGCUAGUAGCUUAAGUGCGCAACUAACGACCUUAAUUAUUAUCGCAAGCCCAUUUCGUUAGCAAAGAUGAAAAACGUGAUUUUUAUUGCUGUAGGAAACUAACUUUACAUUUAUAUACGAUUAGGUUCUAGGGUUUUACAUGCACACACUCACACAUACAUACGAAUCUCUGUAUGCAUCCCUGUAUUUAUUUCAUUUGAUGUUUCUAACACGAAGAAACACACUCAUGCACGCACACUUACAUCCAAUGUACUCAACACUCGGAGCAGAGCAGCCUAACCUUGAAAUCUCGUGUAGCUACUUAAUCGUUAAGGCUUUACCACCUACCAUUUUUAGGCUUAGUUUAGUACACGAAUCACUAUUUCUCACUCUCAACACACAAACGGCGGCAUUAACUCACUCACACUAAACGAGCACUAUUACUUAAAACAAGCAACCGCGAAACAUGAAACAUGUACACUAGCUGUUAGGAAACGCAUUUGUUUGAACACUCUUCUACCCUACCCUUUGUUCUAUUACUAUCAUUUCGACACUAAUUUAUUGCAUCCAUUUCUCGUUUUUUGUUCCGCAAGUUUAUGUUUAUUUCCCCCUCUUCAUUAGCCUUCCUCUAAGUUGUAGUGAAACGAGCACUUAAAAAUGUGAAAUGUUAUACCAGUACUUUACGACAGGGUUUUUUUUUAACUAAAUAAAUCGCAACUUAGGCUUAGACAAUUUAGAAGUUUAUGUUGUUUUUAAACGUUUAGCUAGCAGCGAAGCAAAUGUUCUCUUUUUUUUAUAUGUAAAUUGAUAUUUUUUGAACAGCGCGAGAUUCGACAUUCUCCUGAUCCUACUCUACUCCGACUUUCGUAAGAUUUAUCUUCGCGAAACGUCACGUUUCCUUUGUAUUACCAAAUAAGAUUUCUACAAUUCCCCUUCCCAACUUAUAUUUGUUCCAAUUUACCCUUUAUGAUGAAUGAGAACAAAAAAUCCCCCUUCUUUUUAAGUGAAACUUAUUUAAAAAAACAAAGAAACAAUUAGGAGCAAGCAGCUUUGUUAGUUUGUAGGCAUUUCUAUUGUGGCAAAAUGGAAGAUAAUUAACACUUUACCCUUUACCACUCACCACUUUCAUCAAUUUGCAACUUGUGUAUAGGAAAUCGCUCCCCCUCCCCAUAAUCCACAGUUUGCCACAAUGCCCUAAAUUAAUUUUAGGAAACCAAGAGAUAAGGAGAGAGCUUUACAUUCAAACUAAAAAUAAUGCAGAAGCAUCGUUGAAGAAAAAAAGGAAGCAAA